AUUAGACUGGCUACAGCUCAUUUUAGCAAUAUCCACGAGGCUUCUGAUUGCCGGCGUCUGAGACAAAUGCAUGCGUGCUGAUUCUGGGGUGUAGGACAACGUCCCAGAAUGUAUUGCCGACAUACGACAUGCUACUUCGGGAUAUGAAAACACCAUAUAUCGCGGCCAAAAAUGGAAUCAAUAAUGGGCACAUAAAAAUAUAAUAUUGCUUUAUAGCCCACCACAUGUCCUGAUUUUCAACGUCGAAACCUGCUCAACGUAACCCGCCUCUCGCCAUGAAGUUUCUCGCCCUCGCCUCUGCGCUUGCAGUUCAGCAAGUCGCAGGUCACGCCAUCUUCCAGCAGCUAUGGGUCGACGGCGUAGAUAAAAGUAAUACAUGCAUCCGAAUGCCGUCGUCUAACACCCCGGUGAGCAACGUAGGAUCCAACGACGUCCGAUGCAAUGCUGGUGGUUCCCGAGGUGUUGCUGGUAAAUGUGCAGUCCCUGCUGGAGGCACAGUGACUGUAGAAAUGCACCAGCAACCCGGAGAUCGAAACUGCAAGAACGAAGCAAUCGGUGGCUCACAUUACGGUCCUGUUCUUGUUUAUAUGACCAAGGUUGCGGAUGCGUCGACCGCAGACGGUUCAACAGGUUGGUUCAAGGUCUACGAGAACGGAUGGGCGGCCGCGAACAAGGGCGCCGCCGACAACGACUACUGGGGCGUCAAGGACAUGAACAAUUGCUGUGGAAAGGUGGACGUCAAGAUCCCAUCAGAUCUAGCAGCUGGCGACUACCUCUUGCGCGCCGAGGUCAUCGCCCUUCAUACCGCUGGCCAGCAGGGUGGAGCUCAACUGUACAUGAGCUGCUAUCAGCUCACAGUAUCCGGUUCGGGCACUGCCACGCCUGCGACUGUGAAAUUUCCGGGUGCAUACAAGGCCGGGGAUUCUGGCAUCAAAAUCAACAUCCAUACCGCCAUAAGCAAUUAUGUCGUUCCCGGGCCGCCUGUCGUUGCUGGAGGCACUACAAAGGUUCCAAAUCAGGGUGCUUCCUGUGCAAAGAAGAAUGUUCUACGCGGGACCAAUGACAUCUUCGCACUAUAGACAACAUCCACCACUACUCAAUGGAGGGACUACAUUGUGGCUAAGGAGCAUUCAACCGUAGCAACCAGAUAGCAAAA